UCGUUUCUAUUUCCCUCUCAUCUCUAACCUCACAUUUUCUCUCUCUAUACUUCAACAACAUCUUGUCUCUUUGCGUCUCUGCAACUGAGUUUCAACUCAAUCUUUCGAUUGGAAUCGUUCACGAUUCAGCUUUUUUUUUUUUCCUCUCUUUUCGGUUCUUAUCUUCCAAACUGAAGGCAUUAUUACUUUAUGUUUUGAAUAUUUAUCUUUAUAAUGGAGGAUUACAAGGAAAAUAACGUCGACAACAGCAGCAACAACAACAACAAGCGGAAGCGGUUCUCCGAGGAGAAAUCGGACGAGUCCGACUCGGUCGAGUCGAAACUCGCCCGAGUUGACUCUUUAGACUCGGAGGAUGAUAACCCGGCUGGUGCUGCGGACGUUGUUGAUGCGUGCAUCUUGGAUUACUCAUACGAUGUGAAUUCGCCGGUUGCGAAGCGUAUCCAGGACGAUUUGAUGAGCAGCAUUCUCGACGAGUCUGACCCUGACCCGGCCAUCCAGGGGCUUGAUUCGGUGAUUAAGAGCUUCGAAGAGGAGAUUCUGUUCCCGAGCGAGUUGCUGCCUGCGGUGGUUUCAGAUUCCGGCGAGCAGAGGCCGGAACUAGGUUAUCUUUUAGAAGCUUCGGACGACGAGCUUGGCUUGCCUCCGGCUUUUUCGGUCGGAGACGAGCAGAAUGUCGGAGAAUCCGUUGAUUUGACGCCUACCGGGUCCGAGACGGCCGUUGCAUUUGAUAAUAUCGGCUUAGGUUUUGACGACGGAUUACUCAGUUACGACCAGUACAAGUUCGGAAUCGGUGGUGACUCGGAGAAUAACAACUUUUCUCAUGAUUUCAUUACAUUAGGGGGAGGUUUAUUCGAUAGUUAUGAACCAGCCGAAAUCUCGGAAUUUGCGUGGCGGCAAGAAUCGCUUUCGGCUUCGUAAAAAAUCAAAAAAGAAAAACGUUUCGGACAGCCGAAACGUGUGUUUAACAAUGGAAAAUGUUGAUAAUACAGUAGGAAAAGAAGUUAGAUGCAACAGGUGCUAGCCCUGGAAAGAAAAAAUUAGAAAUUGUUUUUUUUUUUUUUCAAUUAUAUAUUUACUCAGGUAAAAAUAUUAAUUCCUUUAA